AUGUCCAUUAAAGACAUUUAAAAACUAUAAUCUCUAUUUCAAAUUAAUAACGCCGUUGUUUAAGAGUAUUUAGGAAUUAGGUUCAUAAAUUAAACUCUUAUUGAUUAGGUAUUGCCCACAUGAUUACUUAUGUAGUUAGUUAAUUGUGAUAGUGCUAAUGAGAUUUACAAAAUCAAAAAAACUGAUGCCUGUAAAGAUUGGGAUAAAUUGAAACAUAUCUUGUUAAUCUACUUUAUAGCAUCACAAAUGACUUUUGGAAAACCUAUUCACAAAUACAUUUAAUAGGCAUAUGAAGACUAUCUAAUUUAAUAUCAUAUUUUCUAUGAAGGAUUAAUCGAAUUUCAAACUUGUACCAUUUUCAAUCAAUAUCUAAUUAUUAAACAUAAAUUACUCAAAGAAGAUUAGAAUCUCAAAGCAGAAUUUCGUAAAUUACUCAAUAUGCUUAUUUGGAAGACCAAUUAAUUACAUUUUCUAAUUCGAAUUAUAAUCGGUUAUAUUACCUAUGUUAAAAUAAGCAAACAAAUUGGUAAUGUAGAAAAAGUUUUUGAAUAAAUUUCUAAGUUAAUUGAGAAAUCUCUCAAAAAUGGUGCUAAUUAUCAUCAUUUUUAAUUCAAAAUGGAUAUUGAAUUAUUUACAUCUUAUUGGUAUAAAAUAAUCAAAGUUAGCAAUAAUGAAACUAAUACUCUUAAUCUAAUUCAAUUGCUAUAGUAAUCUCAAUUCUACUUCAAUGAUUAUAAUUUCUAAACUGAUAUCAUAACAACCCUUCAAUCUAUUUAGAAAUAGAAACUUUCCAUCAAUUCUAAAUUAAAUCAAGAUACUUAAUCAAAAAACAAAAACAGAAAACCCAUAAUCUAAAUUAAUAAUUUGAUAUCUGAAGAGUUUCCUAAAAACUCAUCUAAAUCCAAUAAUCAAUUUUUGGAUCUAGGUAAAAUUGUUAAGACAGAACAAACUCAAACAUCAGUUACAAGCAAAAGAAUAUUUAAACCAUCUGCUUCUAAACUUCUUAAUUCAUAAUAUAAUCAUAUUGAAGAAGAUCCAAUAUUUUAAAUUCAAAUUGAAAAUUAUCAUAUUAAUAAAAUUGUAAGAAAAGGCUGUUUUAAAAUAUAAAAACCGGUUACCUUAUCAACAUGCACCUGUAUACUUUAUUUAAUAUUAUAGAGAGAUACAAAACAUAACCUUCUGCUUAAGAAGAAUUGCCUUUACUUACAUUCUAAGAUUUUGAAUAAGAUCAUCAAGAUUCCAUUCUUGAAUUACCAUCACCUGUUAAACCAGCAACUGAAUCAGAUCAAAAGAUUUCUGGUAAGGAUCACAGUAUUAGUCAUUCUUAAUCAUCUUAAGGAAAAAUAGAUAAAUUAAAUAGUCUAAGCAAUCCUUAUAAAUUAAAAAAUUUAAUUAGUUCAAGAUUUCAAUAGAUUUUAGAUAUAGCUUAACUUAGCGCUUGUUCUACUCCAAAAAACGCAGACAUAGUAAAAUCUAUUAGAAGAUAAAAAACUAUAUCCAUAAAAAAAGAACACAAAGAACUUUAAAUAUAAUCGUAACAACCAUCAAUUCCACUUCUAUAAUCAAUACCUGUCUUAAAAGAAUCAGAUUAAUAAACUUCAGAGAGAAGAAGAAGUGGAAUGGUUGUAAAUUCACCUGAAGCAGUUUCACAAAUAACUUAGGCUAUUUAAAAAUCUAGUUAAGUAGAGAUUGUUCCCACUAAAUCAUAAAAUAUAAAUACUUUACCUUAACCAAUCUAAUAAUAGUUAUAAAUAAAUCAAAAACAAACUCUGCAACUUAAUACUAAACGACCAUAAAGAAGGAAUGUUUUAACAUUAAGAACUGCUACAACCUUUUUUAUGGAAUAAUCAAAUGCUUACAUACCAAAAUUCUAAUUCUCUUUAUGUUAUCAUAGCAGAACUAUUUUAUGGUAAUGUGGCUUAUAAAUGACAUCAUAAGAAAAUAUUCAAAUUGGAUUUUAAGAUACAACAAAUAGUAAAAUUGUGUACAGGGCUAAACUUUAAAAUUUAGUUUUUGAAAAUACUAAAAAUUGGGCUUAAAUCAUUGAAGUCUUCAUAAAUGAAUAUCAAUUAUAAACAUCUCAAUGUUUACCCUAUUUACACUAUAAUUCAAUAAUGAGUAAUAAGAAAACUGAUAACUAUAAUUUUAUCAAAAUGGCAAACUAUUAAUUUGAGCUGACAAAAAAUGAGUUAGAAUAAAUGGGAAUAUUAAAAGACUUGUUUAGAUGGAUGUAUACAACUUAUUUAUAUGAAUAAAUUAAUAUUAAUGGCAUUAGAUUGAUAUUAUAUACAUUAGAAAAAGAUAAGACUUUGAAUGCUUAUAGAGAAUUAAUUAAUGUUGUUAAUCUCUACAGAAGAAUGAUAAUCUAAUCCACUCUCUGUGAUGAGAAAGAGAAAUUUCAUUUAUUGAUUUGCAGCUAUGGAGGUAUUUUUUUAUCAUUUAUAAUCAUAGAAUGUAUCAAAAAUAAUAUUACUUUAUUGAAUAGAAUAUUGAAUUUUAAAGUGAAUAAAUAAAAAGAUUAAUAAUACAUGAUUCACAAAUAAUUAGUAAACCUAAGAAAUUUAAGUAUAACAAAUGAUGAAGAAUAUAUUUUCUUUAUAAUUAAAGUCAGUAUCAUAUUUUAGAAAGAAAAGUAUAAGUAAAUUUAUUAUAAAUUAGUAUUUUGUAUUAUAAAAAAAAUGAUUACCAUACAAAAUAUUAAGUGGAUGUAUUAUUUGAAGCUAUUGAUAGUCCAGUAAAAAUAAAACCUCUUAGAUUGUAAUUUGAUGCUAUUGAAAAAAUCUUAGAAAAAAGAUAUCAUAACAAUUUAAAAUAGAUAAUAAACUAAAUAUUUUUUUCUUAAAGAAAAUACUUGCAUAUGUUUUAUGAAUUUAUUAAUCAAAAGUUAAUGAUAAAUGAAUAAAAGUAGCUUUAAGUUAGAAUGAAUAUAUUUUCUUUACAUGAUGCUUAAAAAAUGGAAGCAUGUGGAAUGAAAUUAGGAUUUCUAAUAGAUUUGUAAACUAAAGUCAAACCAUUUGCAAUAACUGAAAUAGAAAGAUACAUAUAUGAUGAUACCUAAAAAAAAUUGGAUUAUAAAUCUAAAUCUUAAACUAUUCAUAAUAGAGAGCAUAUGUUCGAUAAACAUUUUGCUUAAAUAUUUGGAGAAGAUAUUACCAAUAAUGAGUAAUAACAUUUUCACCAAACAACUUUAAUUGAUUUAGUAAAACGUUACUAACCAAAUAUUAAUGCAGAAGUAAAAUAAGAAAUAAUUACAAAAAAAGUUGGGCCAAUAAUUAUUUAUUAAGAAAAUCCCUUUGCUGAUGUACACAAUGAUGAUUUUGAAAAAUUGGAGUCUUAAUUUUUUAGUAGGUAAAACCUAUAACUUAAUAAAAUUUAAAAGUAUAGAAUCAAAUUAAAACAUCUUUCAAUUUAAAUUUCUAUUCUUCAAAAAUAAAUAAUAUUGAUUUAUCAUCAUAAUUAAAGACUUCAAAGAUUUUAAAUCACUCCUACAGAUGAAGAAGAUAAUAUAAUUUCAAAUAUACUAUAAUUAAUUAAAAAUGGUCCUAAUUGUUGGAUAAUUUAAAUGCUCUAUAAGAAAAUUAGUUAGAGAGUUUUAAAAUAAUCAUUUAUUAGUUCUUAACUGUAUGAUGGGUUAGAACUAUUAAAAUAUAAGAAAUCAAAAAGCCAAUUAGCAGAGAUACCUUCAUACAAUGUAUUACAUUAUUAUAUUUUAAACAAUUAUAUGGUUUUAUUAAAAUAUUUUACUUUAAAACAGUUUGUAAUUGUUUAGAAGAUUAAAAAUUAUGGAAAAUAUUAGAUAACAAUAAAAGUCUUCUACAGAUGCUAAAAGCCAGAUAUAUUAGUAGAAAAUGAUUAUUUUUUAAUGAGGAUAGAUUUCUAAAAUAUUAUGUUAAAAACUGGAAUGAUGAAAAUGAUUUUUAAUAAAUAUGAUAUUACUGAAAUGUUGAAAAUUGAUAUACCUCAAAUUAUGACAGAUGCAAACAUAGUUUAAACUGCGAUGAAUAUAUUUUUAAAAUGUCAUUUAGGAACAUUUACAUUAAGUUAAGUUCCAUUUUUUGCUGUAAAUAUAGAUGAUAUAAAAUAAAAUGAGAGUUAAAUAAUACAAAACUCAUAUGAAGAUCAUUCAACAAAAAUUAAUGUUCAAUAAAUAAGAAGGAUUGGUAAUUUUCCUGAAAAUACAACUUUCAAAAAGUCUGAUCUUUGUAAAGGAUUUUUAGAACAUUAUAUAAAAAACAGUAGACUUAUUGUUACUCAUAUUAAAAAAUCUUAUUUAAUACACUCAAUAUCAACUGGAUAAUUAAUUAAAAUAUCUAAUAAUAAGGUUACCUAAUUAAUGAAUGAUCAAUAAUAGAUUAUUGAUUAUGUGAUAAUUCAAAUAUAUAGACAUUUACUAUUAGAUAUAUGGAUUGUUAAAAUUUAUGUUCCAAAAACAACUAGACAAAUGGUAGGGUUGUUAAGAUCUGAAGAUUUUAAGGAAAAUGAUGGAAAAGAUUUAAUGGAUAGUAUCAUAAUAUAUAAGAAAUAAGCAAUAUUAAGUUUUAAAGAUUUAGAUUCCUUUACAGAUUUUACACCGAGAUAAAGUGUAAAUUUAUAAAAAUCAAAUCACCGAUUUAGCUAACCUAAAAUAUCUUAAUUACAUUCUCCUGCUAUCUCAUGUAUCUAAGCAUAAAAUCAUAUGAUAUAAUCUUAAGUUACUGCAUACUAUUUAAAUGAUUUUUUCUCACUUACUAAAUUAGUUACAGAUUUCACUGAGUAUCAUUUGGAUAAUGGAAAUAAAGAAUAGUAUAUUAUAAAGGAAAAAUUAGUUUGGAUUAACAUAAUUAAUAAUAAUUUUUCAUUAGAAUAACAUCCAAAAUAGUAAAAUUGUUUUUUAUCUCUAUUAUUUGAUUAGAAAGAGAUUAAUCUUUAGGAAUUACUAUUUUAACGUUAUAUUAGAAUAGAAAGAGUUGGAGAAUCUCAUAUUGAGUUUUACAUGAAGUAUACUUAAAAAACUGAUCAAUUAAAGGGUAUUGCACUUUUAAAAGGAAAAAUAAAUCAAUUAAAUUUGCAUAAUAACAAAUUUCCUAGUAUAAUUAGUGAAGUUAAAUUCAAUGAAGAAUAGAUUAAAUUUAUGAAAAGGACUUGCGUUUUCUUUCCUUUUGAUGCCAUCAGUUAUGCUAAUACUUCUAAUUUCAAUAUUGAAUUGAAAUAUUUCUCAUAUAAUAAAUUUACUGAAGUUAAAGAGUAAAUAAAUUUAAGAGAAUUGCUUAAUUUAUAUAUAGCAGAUGGUUUCUAUAAAUAUCAAACUAAUUAUAUGAAUUCAAAACUAAAUCAUUCAGACAUCAUAAGUAUUUGCUAUUAUAUGAUUCAUAAGAUUAAGACAUAAAACUUUUUGAAUUUAAGUUAAUACCAUACAAUACCUAAUUUAAGCUAAUUAAAAAAUUAGAAAUAAACAAAUAAAUUAUAAAAACCAAUUAGAUUUUAAAUAAAGACCUUUAAGAAACCACAAAUUUUCAUUAUAUCUCUUUUAUAUAAUGAAGUAUAAGUCAUUUGUAUAAAUUGGAAAACUUGUCAAUAAAUAAAUGAUGUAUUUUCAUUUAGUUAUUUAAACGAACACAUAAUGCAUUUCAAAUAUUUAGUUGAUAAAGAACCUAAAAUAGCAUUAGAAAGGGUAGCAUAAAUAAUUGAUAAAUUAAUGAAUAUUAUAUUAAUAAAAUGA